AUGAAUCCUGAGUUCCGCGAAGGUCUCACAACAUUCACUGGAGCUGGAGGUGACUUUGAAAACAUCCAAGCGAACAAAGUACGUGCGUUCAUCAUCACGCCGUAUCGGGAUCAUGCCGUAAAUCCAGCAAGAGACGAUGUUCAAUUUCCAGCCGAAGUCACUAGGAUCAAGAAUUUGUUGACCAGCAUUCUUGGACGAAGUGACACACUUACCAUUCCCUACUUUCCGGCUGGGAGAGAUGACGAUAAUAGAGCCCCCAAAGGCAAGAUUUACAUUCAGUAUGACCCCGCGGCAGCAGCUCUCGUACCAACAGAAGGCGGUUGCAAUCAGCAGCAAGCUGCGGCGAUAGAGCUUUGGUUUGAGGAUGCUCUUACCUACCGUUACAGAGACUCAUGGCAGCCAUUCCAGCAUCAGGUUGUGCAGGCAAAGAAACGUUCCGUCGCAUCUAGUGGUAAAGACCUGCGCUUGCUCAGAGGGAGAGAGGUGACGGAUGCGGACGAAGCAGAGUGGAAAGAGUACGAGGCUUUGAUGAGACGUCAGGAUGGCGACACUUGUGCUCGACCUAGCAACAGCUUGUCGGUAUCAUCGGUAUCACUCAUUCCAUCACCAGCUUCGACCGUACCUACUCCGUCCACCCUCCAGACAACGGUCAGGCCGUCAUUGAGCGACUCAACCGGCGAAAGCUCAAGCCCACCGCCCUCGUCGAUAGCCACAUCAUCACCAACUUCAAAGUCUUCUUUGGCGACGGAUACCCCGUUUCUUACGUGGAAACCGGCACAGCCUAGUACGACAAAAUCACCAUCAGCAGCGCCCAAGCCAUCUUCUACAUCGCAAUCUCCACCUCCACCUCAAACCGAGCCUCCGACAAAGGCAUUAUCGGUGAUCUUCCGGAACACAAAUGGCAAUGGCGAAGACUACAACAACUGGACCUUCUUCGAGAUCAAACCCAACACCCAAGCCGAUGGCUGCAGCGUACCCAUCCUCAACGAUGUCUCGCGGCAAUGGUCCGAUGCUCCAGCCCUGUCAAACCCGUCGUGGCCGCACGGCACUUUCACCAUGCCACUGUUUGGAGAAGAGGAUUGUGAAUACCUGAGUGAUGGGACUAACCCGGGUGUGCUCCACUGCCCUAGUAUGGGUGAUGGCAAGACGGUCGGAUGUAAAGAGGCUGAUGAAAAGGACGAUGCUGAUGGUGUUACGGAUUGUAAUUAUCCGGGUCUUAAGAGGAAGGUCCAUAUUGUUGUUUAUUGUGAGUGGUAG